UUCAGUGUUUCCUUUUUGUUUUGUUAACAAUUUAUCUCAUAGUUUUAUGUGGCCAUCUCCUAUGGUCUGGUUUAGUGGGUGCCAAAUGACCUGUGCCUUCUUAGAAUAAUUUGCAGAUAUUGGUACUUGUUCUGAGUGUACCAUUGCUGAGUGCCGGUGUGGGUACCCUGCUUUUGGAGAUGCUCCUUUUUGGGAUGCGUGGACAAUUAAAGGUGACACCUCACAUCCAACCUGGGGAAAACAGUUUAAAUAAGCUUGGAAUUUUACAAUUUUUAAUGUCUAAAUAAGUUCAUAUAGUGUUACUUUAAGUACACCAGUGUGUGUUUUGGUGUAUACAGGUAAACUUUUACUGGCACUCUUUUUUCUUUUAAAUGAAUAGCAUCAAUAUUUUAAUGUCUAAAAGUCAGGACCAAGAAGAUCAUGGCAGCAGUGAACUUGUUGAGGAAUAUACUGAUAUAGCCACACCAAGGUAUUAAUGUAGAACUUAGUCUACCACUGUGGUUUGAUACUUGGUUCAACUUGAGUAAAAACCUUAAAAUUGAACAUGGUAUAAAGGAUUGUCAUAAGCUUUGGGACCCGUUGUCACAUGGGGCGUGUUAGAUUGGUUAUUUUGAUAAUUAGAAUAAAAAUAUCUUCAAAGCUUUUCUGUGACUUGCAUAUUACUUUAGAGAGUGUCCUGACUGGUGCAAUCAUAAUACUCUGAUGUAAUGGAUGUAUUCAGAAAAGCUAUUGAGGUCACAUCCAACAGGAGUUUUUGUAGUGAUCCACACAGUAAUCCUCACAGUUUCAACUGUCUUCCAAUGUGUCCACUUUUCCGAGAAAACACAACUGGUCAGACCAAAACCAGGCAGCUUGCAUAAGACAGAUACUUCAUGUGACAGUCUGAUGUAUUUAUUUGUGUGUGUCCACAGUGUUGGAGAGCAGGUUGGCUGUGUGGUUGCAAUGGGGCGGCUGACUGAAGAACAAGUGGCUCAGGUUUUUGCAGCUGCAGAGAUCAGCAGGGCCUACAGGAGGACUCAACAUGAGAAGUUGUUGGAGUUCAUAAUAAAGGACCAUGGAGCAGAUGAUCACUUACUGGCUGUUGUAUCUCGUAAGGUAUUGUCCAAAUGGUUAAAUUAUGAAAAUCCUAAAGGUCACCGGGUAAUGACUUCUAUAGAAGAUGAGGAGCUGAUAGAUGGCCUCUACAACUUCUUGGAUGAAGUGCUGUCAAGAGCUGUAGGCCCUUUUGAGAGGAUUGACAGAGUUCACAUCAUUCUGGAUGUGCUGAUGCCAGAAGCUCUUAUUAAAGUUAUACAGACAGUUGAGAGGAUUUCUCUGCCAGAGGCAGAAAAUCUGUUCAUGGAUGGACCAGCAUACAGUGAGUGUGAGAGGGAAGAGUUUGACAUACUUGUUGUACAACAGUUGGAAGCACAAGGAAAGCACCACUGAGGCAUUUAAACUCAGGAUUACAUCUCAACCCGACUCAAAUAAAUGUGUCUCUUUCUUUA